AUGCGCUUCAGUUAUACUUUCGCCAGCCUGCUCCUGACGGGGUUAGGUCUGAACCUUCCCUUUGCCACGGCAGCAGUGUCCACAUCAGUUAACACCACUGUUGCUAGGCAAAAUAUCGUUACCUGGGACGACAGGUCCCUUUUCGUGAACGGAGAACGCGUACUCCUCCUCUCCGGGGAAUUCCAUCCAUUUCGACUCCCCUCGCCGGGCCUGUGGCUGGAUGUCUUCCAGAAGAUUCGAGCCUUGGGCUACUCCGCCGUCUCCUUCUAUCUGGACUGGGCGCUCUUGGAAGGCGAGCCAGGCCACAUUCGGACCACUGGAGUUUUUGCGCUGGAUCAGUUCUUCGAAGCUGCACAGGAAGCGGGCAUCUACUUGAUUGCUCGUCCAGGUCCUUACAUCAAUGCCGAAGUGUCCGGGGGUGGCUUUCCUGGCUGGUUGCAACGGUUGAACGGCGAGUUCCGGCACACCGACGCAGCGUUUCUCGAUGCCAUCACGCCUUAUAUCCGAGCUAUGGGCAAGCUUAUCGCCCCGGCGCAGAUCACCAACGGUGGUCCGGUUAUUCUGGUGCAGCCGGAGAAUGAGUACACCCUCUGCGCGACGGAAACGGGGUACACGCAGAUGAACAACCUCAGCAUUACUAGUAUCGAUACUUCGUGUCUCGAGAAAGAGUAUAUGGCCUAUGUCGAGACCCAGUAUCGCCAGGCUGGUCUGCUCGUCCCUUUCAUCUUCAAUGAUGCGUAUCCCGUAGGCAACUUCGCUCCGGGCACGGGCGUUGGGGCUGUCGAUCUCUACAGCUUUGAUUCCUAUCCACUUGGAUGGGCUACUGCACCUUCCGACUCGUCCGACUGGUCUUCUUUGCUCAGUCCACUGCUCAUGUACAAUACCACCAUCCAUUUAGCGCAGAGUCCCACCACACCAUUUUCCAUCUCGGAAUUUCAAGGUGGAGUGCCCGAUGCCUGGGGAGGAGUGGGCGUCGAUGCGUCUGCUGCUUAUAUCGGACCCGAGUUCGAGCGGGUUUUCUACAAGCUCAAUUACGGCUACCGCAUCGCCAUUCAGAGUCUCUACAUGAUCUUUGGCGGCACCAACUGGGGCAAUCUGGGCCAUCCCGGAGGGUACACCUCAUAUGACGUUGGGGCAGCCAUCAAAGAGAACCGAGAGGUUACGAGAGAGAAGUAUAGCGAGUUGAAGCUGCAGGCGGGCUUUCUCCAAGCCUCCCCUGCCUACCUUGUCGCGCAGCCGGACAGUGGCAGCUUCGGGGUCUACACCAAUGUGUCAAACCUGGCGACUACGCGGUUGCGCACCAACAGCACAAGUUUCUACAUCAUUCGACACGGAGUACUCACCGCAGAUGACAAUGUGGCGUAUCAGCUGCGCAUUUCGACCUCGAUUGGCAACGUCAGCGUCCCGCAGCUAGGAGGAGCGCUGAGUCUGCGUGGACGGGACUCUAAGAUACACGUGGCAGACUACAAUGUAGGCGGAAUCAACCUGAUAUAUUCGACUGCUGAAGUCUUUUCCUGGAAGAAAUCUGGAAACAAGUCGGUCCUCAUUUUGUAUGGAGGUCAGGAGGAGACGCAUGAAUUCGCAGUCCCUCGCGCACUGGGCAGUCCAUCUGCUGUCGAGGGCAAUGAGGGAAUUCGCGUGGACACGACGGUCUCCUCAUGCGCCACUGUGGCUCAGUGGUCGGUGCAGCCAUCUCGUCGAGUGGUCCACUUCGGAGACCGACUCGAGGUCCAUCUUCUCUGGCGCAACGAGGCCUAUAACUACUGGGUCGUGGAUCUGCCCAUCGCGGGGGCUAUACAGCGAUAUGCUUCACCCUCGCGCAGCAACAGCUCGGUUAUUGUGAAGAUGGGUUACCUCCUCCGUAGUGCUGAGGUGGUGGGCAGCACUCUCAAACUGACUGGUGACCUCAAUGCGACCACUGAACUUGAGGUUAUCGCGGCACCGCCUGCUGCCACAGCCGUUAGCUUCAACGGAAAGCCCAUCAAGACCACCCGGUCGAACGGACGCUUGAUCAGCACGCUUCAGUACCAACGUCCUACCUUGAUGCUGCCUGACCUGUCUGCCCAGCGGUGGUAUGCGGUUGAUUCGCUGCCGGAGAUCCAGACGAGCUAUGAUGACAGGCAGUGGACGCGCUGUAAUCAUACCUCCAGCACCAACCCACGCAACCUGACUACGCCUUUCUCCCUGUAUGCGAGCGAUUAUGGGUACCACUCAGGGUCUCUGCUGUACCGCGGCAGCUUCGUAGCGACGGGAUCGGAGACAUCGCUGUACCUAUUGACUGAAGGAGGAUACGCCUACGGGCACUCUGUGUGGCUGAACAGCACGCAUUUGACCUCAUGGGCAGGCAGCUCUGCAGAAAUGUUUCACAACCAGACCAUCCCCCUGGAAGGGCUACAGUCGGGGAAGCCGUAUGUGGUCACGGUGCUGAUCGACCACAUGGGCCACGACGAGAACUACCCAGCCAACGUUGCCACCAUGAAGGAUCCACGUGGCCUGCUGGACUAUAAUCUCGAGAGCCGAGCCAAGACAGCGAUCACCUGGAAGAUCACCGGCAAUUUGGGGGGCGAACAAUACGUCGAUCACAGCCGUGGACCCCUGAAUGAGGGCGCUUACUUUGCCGAGCGCCAGGGCUACCAUCUCCCUGGAGCCCUAACAUCGUCGGCAAACACCAAUACCACUCGUCGUGACAGUCGUCUCAUCCUAUCCCCUGUCAGAGCUCCAACGGAAACUGCCAUCUCAAGCCCUGGACUGCGCUUCUGGGCCACCUCCUUCAACCUGAGGCUCCCCGCCGAAUACGACAUUCCUCUCAGUGUCGUCUUCACCAAGACCAGCAGCAGUAGCAGUAGCAAUGCCACUGAGGAUACCUCCACAGCGUCGUUCCGAAGUGUACUCUACAUCAAUGGCUGGCAAUUUGGUAAAUACGUGAACCACAUUGGACCGCAAACCCGCUUUCCCAUACCAGAGGGAAUCAUCAAUCAUAAUGGACCCAACUACCUGGCGCUUACCAUAUGGUCCAUGGAUACACGCCCCUUCCAGCUGGCGGGGCUGGAGCUACAGGCUGAUGCGGUGGUGCAGAGCGGGUACACGAAGCCAGCUGUGGUGCAGGGCGGGGUCUACACCCCACGCGUGAAUGCGUAUUGA